UGUCUGGCCAGUUCUUCUGUGAGCGUGGUGCCGUGAGGAGGUUAUCGUUGGACGCGGGUCGAUUUUGUUUCUUUCCGUGACUUGGUUUGUGUUAAGAGAAUUAAAAAAAAAACUGUAUUUCGUCCAAAUGCGUUAGCGUGUGCCGUGCAGUUUUUUUUUUGUGGCAGGGGAAGAAACUUGGAUAUGCACAGUGGGAAGCGAGCGUUUUGAGCUGUGCACGCACUUAUUCAGUUGUUCUGCGGAAAUCAAGGCGGAAGUUACGUGUUGGGAAAAAAAAUGUGAGGUUGACGGCGGCGGAGUCGUGUAAUGCAACCAGUACACAGCUUUGAGUAAGCUGGCUUGGCGGCACUGAUCAGGUCUUUGCUAAUCCCCAAACAACCACGGAUGCUGUUUUUAGGAUGUGAAGCCCGGCGGCGUGGCAGGGGCCGGCAGUAGCGACGCCAUGGAGGCGGAGCAGCACCACGGCGGCGGCGGCGGCGGCGGCGGCGGGGGCGGCGCGGACGAGGGCUACCUGCUGGUGCGCGUGCACGUGCCCGAGCUGAACGUGCAGAAGUGCCUGCAGUUCCCGCGCGACCAGCUCGUCUGGGACGUGAAGCAGCAGUGCCUCGCGGCGCUCCCCAAGGAGCUGAAGGAGAGCUUCAACUACGGCCUCUUCUGCCCUCCGGUGAACGGCAAGGCGGGCAAGUUCCUGGACGAGGAGAGGCGGCUCAGGGACUACCCGUUCAACGGUCCCGUCGGCUACCUGGAGCUCAAGUACAAGCGGAGGGUGUACAAGAUGCUGAACCUGGACGAGAAGCAGCUGAAGGCGCUGCACACGCGCACCAACCUGCGUCGCCUGCUGGACUACGUCACCAACGGCCAGGUCGAGAAGAUCACCAAGAUGUGCUCCAAGGGGCUGGACCCCAACUUCCACUGCCCGGAGACCGGAGAAACCCCUCUGACGCUGGCGACGGGCAUCAAGAAGCCGGGCAAGGUGCUGAUCGCGCUGGUGAACGGCGGCGCGCUGCUCGACUACCGCACCAAGGACGGCGCGACGGCCGUGCACCGCGCCGUCGAGCACGACAGCCUGGAGGCGGUGACGACCCUGCUGGAGCUGGGCGCGUCGCCCAACUACAAGGACGCGCGCGGCCUCACGCCGCUGUACCUGGCCGUCGCCAACCGCACCGACCCGCUCAUCUGCGAGGGGCUGCUCCACGACCGAGCCGUCAUCGGCGCGCAGGACCUGCAGGGCUGGCAGGAGGUCCACCAGGCGUGCCGCAACGGGCUGGUCCAGCACUUGGAGCACUUGCUGUUCUACGGCGCGGACAUGAAUGCGCGCAACGCGUCGGGCAACACGCCCUUGCACGUGUGCGCCGUGAACAGCCAGGAGUCAUGCGCGCGCAUGCUGCUGUUCCGCGGAGCCCAGCGGGACGCCCUCAACUACGCCAACCAGACCCCGUACCAGAUGGCCGUCAUCGCGGGCAACCUGGAGCUGGCGGACGUCAUCCAGAGCCACCGGCCCGAGGACGUCGUCCCGUUCCGGGAGCCCCCCCGGUACAACCCCAGGCGCCGGCCUCUUACGGGAGGGGGGCACCACCCCUCUCGACAUCCCCACCUGGAGUUGCCCCCCUCCCCCUCCCCAUCCAACCGCUCGCUGCCCCCAUUCAGCUCGGCGUCGUCCAGUCUGAGCGAAACUAGCAGUGGGUCGGCCCGGCAGGGCGGUGAGGACAGUGCGAGCUACGUCACAGACAAGUCCCUCGGCGACGCCAGCGACAUAAUCAGCGACAGCUCCGGGGUGGGCACGGCCAACAGCGACUCAACGACGCACAGCGGCGUCGUGACGCUCUCCGGGACGGUGGUCGUGUGCGUGGAGAACUACAGCUCGGGCCAACCGGGCCACCUGCGCAUCUCCCAAGGGGACAUCCUCGAAGUGACCGGCACGACGGACUGCGGCCUGCUGGAGGGCUCGCUGCGAGGCCGGGGCUCCGGGCUGUUCCCCCCGCACUGCGUGCAGGAGGUGCGACUGCGUCCCGGCGCGGCGCCCCUGGUGCCGCCGCCGCCCCUCGUCGCCUCGCAGAGGCCCGGCCGGGUGCAGGGCCGGCGCGAGUCCGUGCACAAGCACUUCGCCACCGCGCCGCGCCUCAAGAAGCAGCAAGGCUCGGAGGGUCAGAGCGAGUGGAAGGCGGCGCGCCGGCUUCCCGCCGAGCCGCGCGCCGUGGUGCUGCACCGCGCGCGCAAGGGCUUCGGGUUCGUGCUGCGCGGCGCCAAGGCCACGUCGCCCCUGAUGGAGCUGCAGCCCUCAGAGCGCUGCCCCGCGCUGCAGUACCUGGACGACGUGGACAAGGGCGGCGUGGCGGACAUGUCGGGGCUCAGGAAGGGAGACUACCUGCUCGCGAUAAACGGGGAGGACGUGUCGGCGGCAUCUCACGAGCACGUGGUGGACCUGAUCCGCCGGUCCGGGGACCUGGUGUCCAUGACGGUGGUGUCGCUGGGCUCGCUCGACGUCACCGGGGUCCCCAGCUCCAAGUCGUCGUCGCAGCUGCCCGGGGCCCCCGCCGGCCACCAGAGGCAGUACGCCACCUUGCCGCGCAAGAUGAACGCCAGCGCCACUCUCGGUCGAGCCCCAGCACCACUCCCGCCUAGAAGAGAUCCUAAGACCACCCUCAGUGUUGGGAGAGCGAGGGCGAAAUCAAUGGUAGCUGGGCUAGAGGGCGGAGGGGAGAGGGACGAGAGCGACGACGCGGAGGGCGGCGGAGGCCCGGGCCACGGCACGGCCAAGAGCAGCUCCGCCGAGUCCAUCCACCAGGGCUCGGGCACGGGCAGCAGCACGCCCGUGCAGCCGCGCACGGCGUCCAUCCGGGCACGGCCCACCUCCAGCCGCAUCACGGCCGCCGAGCUGGAGGAGCUGUUCCAGAGGCAGCAGGGGGCUCCUUCAGAGAUGGUCUCGUCUCACUUCCAAGUCACGACGCCUGGAAUUGCCUCUCAACCGUCUUCUCCAGCCAGGGCACCGCGUGUGUACGCCAGCGUAGCAGAAAUGAAGAGGAGCAAAGGAAAGGUGAACAGCCGCGUGAGGUUCGUGAACAGUGGCUCGGACCUGCACCGGGACUUCCACAGCACACCGGACCUCGCGCAGACGGGCGUGGACCUGAGCAACGGGGCUGUUGACUUCCGCGCUCACAAGGGCCACCGCAGCCAAGAGGAUGUGGCCGCGUUGAUGCUGCUGAGCGGCGGGGUGGUGGUGGGCAGGCCCCCACUCCCCCCUCCCACCCACCCGCCGCCCCCGCCGCCGACGAUGGGGCAGCUGGUGAAAGUUGACAUCUCCCGAGGCUCGGUGAAGCCACCCGGCGCAAGCAGCAGCUCUGGCUCGGAGUACGCCAACAUGGGGGCUGGGAAGAUGGAGCCUCCGGGGACGGCAAACAGCUCUCCAAACGCGCUGGAUGGGGCCCAGACGGGAGUGAUGUCGAGCUUCAAGCCCUCCAAUAGCGCCAAGCUCUACGCGUCUCCCGAGGACAUGAAGACCGUUGGCUAUCGUUCGAGGAGCCUCCCAGCCCAUUCGUCCAGACCACAGGUUCGUAAAUCUCACAGUUUGCGAUCAUCCGCCUCGUCGUUCAAGCCGACCUCGCAGCAGGCUGCGGCCGCGGACGCGACCCAAGCGCAAAGUCCUUGCGGCGCCAGCACGAACAGCAACCCGUACGCGCAGCCCAUCAGGUCGGCCGUGCGGAGCCACAGCAUGAUCGCGGGGACCCGGGAGGGCCUGAAGCCCAAGGGCAGGAAGGGCGGCGUCCCGGCGAGCGGUCCCCCGCCAAUCCCCGACCCGGACUACAGCCUCAGCGAGAGCGAGGGCGAGGCGGAGGCGGAGGCGGACGGCGCGACGCGCACGCACAACAACUCGUCGGCGGUGGAGACGAGCGGCAACAGCAACACCAGCGGAGGCAGCAGCAGCUCCGGCACCAUCCCGCACAGCUUCAGCGUGGAGGAGAUCCAGAAGGUGCGCACGAGGCUCAAGAGCUCCAAGAGCUACCCCGACGACUUCCUGGCGGCGGGCCGCGGCGAGGACGGGGACAACUCGUCGAGCGGUGUGAGCUCGGACCAGGACCUGCCCCCGGGGCCCCCGUGCGGGCUCGACGACGGCAAGGUCCGGCCGCGGCCCGCCGUGUCGCUGGCGCAGCUGCCCCCGCCCCUGGAGGGGGAGGGCGAGGGCGAGGGGGAGCUGGUGGUGCCCCCCCCUCCGGAGUUCCUCGCCGCGGAGGAGGUGCUGGCCCCUCCCCCCCAGUUCUGCGACAACAGGCUGGUCACGCGGGUCAGGAUCGUCGCUGCCACGCCCAAGCCGGGCCCCGGCACGGGGGGACGGCUGCACAGUCAGUAGGAAACUAAAAUAUCUGCACCUUUGCCUCCGUGUCUAUGCAUUAAAUAUUUUGUUCUUAGUACGUGUGCUGGAAGAAAACAUCUACUCACAGAUAGUGGACACAAUUAUUUAUAUGGUACAGCUGCUGAAAUUUCCAUGUGAAUGAAAUUACAUACAAUGAAUAAUGCCUACUUUUAUAUACUUGCAUACCAUUUGAUCAGUAAUUUUUUUGCUCGCCACAUUGUAUUUGAUUAACUGUCAAUAUUUGUUAAUGUUUUAAACUUACUUAGUUAUUGCUCAAUACCGGGGAAGGAAAAUGGCAGAGUAGUUAAUGAGGAAUUGUUUGGAAGGAAAUAAUUUUGUGGAUGUCUUCCUUUGCAGACUCGAUUAUCGUCGUCAUUAUUUACGUGGACAGUCCUCCUCGUGUCCAGCCCGUUUUCUGGUACUAUUGUUUGUGUAGCUGCAAACUACAUUGCUUUUCUAAAGCUGGACUUGAUUUACAAUCUCAGCAAGUUAGCAGGAACUAGCUGCCAGUUCCCUCCAGGGAAUAGCAGUUAGAAAGUAUUUUCCAGACAUAUUGUUUGCUUCAUUCAGGUUUUGUAUUAAGCACUCCAGCAGUCAAGAAAGGUCACUUUGCUUCAAAUCAGUACUCAUUUCACAAUGUGCUGGCUUUCAGAGAGCUCAACCAAGCUUGCUAAAUAUUUAACCUCUCUACCAAUUUCUUUUAUUUUCCCAUUUAUGGUUUUAGUUCCCUUCUAAGAUGUGUAAAGCUGAGUAAAAUAGUCAAAUAAUUACUCAGCAAACUACUGAUUCUUUGUUAAAAAAGUUCAACUGAUAAUAAUUUUUAUCAAUUAAUUUUUUGACACAAAUUUUUUUUUUUUACAUAAAUAUAAUGCAGCAGUCUCAGUUUGCAAAUCCACCAGUUAACAUUUUCAGUACAUCUUCAAUGUGGCAUGCAUAAGAAUUGAAAGUCCUAGAACUGAGGUUUCAAAAAACUUAUUUGUUCUAUAUUGGUAAAAGGCAUUAAAUGUGUCAAAUUUUUUUUUCCUUACUUUUUUGUCAUGGUUUUAUUUAUUUACUCAUUCCAGUUAUUUUUGUUUGUCAACUUUAGUAUUGUUUUUGAUGGUAAAUCUAAAUAACACAGUGUUCUUGACUUAAUCAUAUUAUAAGUUUAUAAAUUAUACAACAAAUUAUUCUUCCUCAGAGUUAAAAGUGGGUAAAAUUAUUAAAAUAUUUUGUACUUUAGCUUACAGGCAUAUGUAACCAUGCAGUCUUAUUUUCCCUUUAAAUUAACAUUAGCAAUUCACAAAUUUCUCAGUUCUUUUUUAAAGCUGAUUUGAAACCCAAGUAUUUGUAAAUAAAACAACGAAAUUUAAGAUAUGAACCCUGAUGUCCAAUAUGCACAAGUUAGAACUGAAAAAGACUGAAGACAUUGUGAGGAAAGGUGCUGAAAAAAAAAUUUAUGAAAAACACAUAUUUGCUAUUAAAAAAAACUUAAUGUAACCUUAGAUGUCUUGCAAUAGUUAAAUCUGCAUAAGAAUCUAUUCAGUACAACUUUGUAUAAACAUGUCUCUUACACAAUUAUUGAUUGUAAUUCAAACGAAGUAAAUAAAUGUAUAAGAUGACUUGAACUGUAGAAGAAUAAUAUUUUAGAAUGAAUGCUCAAACCUGAAUUAAUAGAAUCAUUAUGACAAUUCAUACAACAUAAUUUUUUUUGUAUUAAUUGCUUUUUUGGUCACUGUAAAUACAUUUUAUUAAUAGCAAAAUAAAAAUCUACAAAUAUUCAUGGAAUUAAGAGUUACUUAUGUAAACUGUAUUGCAAAGAUUCUGUCAAAGUUUUAUUGAACUAAAUAAAUUACAUAUAUUACAAUUGGAACACAUUUUGCUAUGUGAUUCUAGGUACAUUUAUUGUGAUGAGUGAUUUUGUGCAUUGAAUCAGCAAUAUGACAUGAGAAGCACAAACUAUUAAAUUCUUUAUUUGGAGUGUUUUAUUUAUUUCAAGUAUCGUGUAGUUUGUCAUUUUUGUACGUGUGCAGAUGCACAAUCUGUUGUGUACUAAACAUACUUUGCACAAUCGGUUGCUUUUAUGUUGCAAACUGAGUUUUGUGUUAUGUAGCCUGGUCAAGACAGAAUGGCCAGGAUUCAAUCAACACAGUGUUACAAUUUACAAAUUUAUUUAUAACGAAGAAAAUUACAUUUGUAUUUGAAGAUGCUGCAGUUUAUGUACAACGCUUCUUCAAAUGUUACAUGCUCAUAGACUUGAAAUAAUGUGGAAAAUUAAUUUUAAAAAUAUAUAUGUAUAUCAGUAAACAUUCCUGCCAUUGAAUAUGUAAAAAAAAACUGUUGAGGUAAGAAUUUAGAUAGGUGCUAGUGUGUUACAGCUUUGUAAUGUGAGUGCUAGUGAGACACACAAAAAUUUUUCUCAGCUCUGUGUAUCUUAACAGUUAUGUAUAGAGAUAAUGUUUUUUUUUAUUUUCAUUUUGAUGUGAAAUGAUUGACAUUAUUGUUUACACAAAUAUUUGUUUCAAAGUAGGUGAUGAGUGGUGUUGCUAAAGAUGUUGGUAACCGAUGUGUAGGUUUUGUUAUAUAGUGUUCAGUUUACUGGAAUUGUAACAUGGAUUUGAAUGUAAACUUCAGAAGCAAUUCUAUGCUCUGUUUGUUUUUCAUAGAUGGUAUUUGCAAAUUUGAUUCUUACUGUUCAUCCUGCAGCAUUUUGUCACAAUGCUAACAUGCACUCGUGAACAUUAUUUCGGCAAUACCUGAGGUGGAUGGAGCUCUAAUAUGUGAGAACUUAAUUUUUAAAUUUUGGGGUGAAGUUUAGAUGUAAACACAUGUAUUGUAUUUAUGUGGGGAGGAAUUCAUACAUUUUGAAAGGAUGGCAUAUUGCACACUAAAAUAUAUUUUUUGUAAGUGUUUGGGUGUCUUGUGUUUCAGAAAAUUAUUAUUUUUUUUUAAAUCAAUUUGUCCCAUUAUUAUUUAAAUAAUUGAGUUUCUCCUCCCCCCCCCUCCCCCCCCCCCCCCAAUAUGUCACCCUUUGCAUAUUUUUAAUGACUAAUUUAUAAACUCCAACUUGUAAGUUUAACUGCGGGCAAAAAAAAAAAAAAAGGAUAUUUGAAACUCAGUUAUUUAUUGGUUGUGCCAUAAAUUUUUAGGUUAAGAGAUAAUUGUGUAUAGAUGAUUUUCAUUUUGGUGGUAAAAUUUUAGGAAUGAAUCAGUUGAAUAGUUUAAAGUUUGGUUGAAUACGGGUAUAAUUUGCAAGUUUCUGCGAACGUUUAAUGGAGAUCACUGAAAUUGCAUGUAAUGUAAAUUAUGAAUUGUAAUUGAAUUUAAAAAAAAAAAAGGCUUAUGAUGUAAUUACAAACAGGAAGCAAUCAUAAUGCUUCUUUUGAUACACAUAAAUUUUGUACUUUGUAAGUAAAACUUCCUCAAGAAAAGUAAAUAAGGGUUAAUACGUUGAAAUUGUUUUGAACUGGUACUUUUGCCUUGCUUGUCCUUAGUUUGACUAGGGCUUUGUAUGCUGUUUCUUGUAAGCUCAGGAAUUACUGGUAAAGUUAUUUGAAAUCAUUGUUUUCGUUAUGAUAUAUAAGUGUUCUUCAAGUUCUUGUCUUGUUUAAGAUGCAUCUUUUUAAAUAUUUAAUAUAUAUUGAAGUUGACAGUAUGAGUGUCCAGCAUCAAAUUUGUGCAAUAUUUGUAAAAUAUUAGUGGGUUUAGUCAACAUUACUGCUUAAUCCUGUAAGCAUAUUGAUUUAAAAUGUAAAUAUCAAGUACUAUGUUCUUUAGUCUUUUGAGUGGAUAAAAAAAAUUGCCCGUGCUUUGUUUGCCUUCAGGUGGCAGCAAUAAAUAUCCACUAUGGCUGCAGUGUAAAUAAUUUGUAUAUUUAAGGAUAGUUAUAAUGCCAUUAUUAUAAAUGUCAUCUGUAGAUACUCGCAAGUUCUUGUGUUAGGGCACAUUCAACACCACCUUUGUUUUGUACAAAUUAUAAUGUUUUAAGGUCUGCCAAUAAAACAAAACUAAAAAUAAA